AUGACUGGGACUGUCAGAGUGAAGUGGCCAAAGGGAACGUAUACAUUGGUCAAGCCAAAGAGCGGAUGUCCCUCAGGGUGGCUGGAAGGAUGGAGAAACCAGGACAAUGAAGAUUAUGUUAACCGAAACAGUGUAACAUACAACGCUGACAAUUACCAACAUCACUUCUUUGGCAUCGAUGGAACCCAUCCAAAGAAUAUCAAUAUAUCUUACUGCACCAAGGAUCCAAAUGAUGUUAAUGAAGAAGGCAACUGGCCAAAGGGGAGCUACUGCAUUCUAAAGCAUGGGAGUACAUGCCCUGAUGGAGCUUUCCAGAGUGGAUAUGUUAUUUGGGAUGACGAGGACUCGAACAAUGAAAACAGUAAAGGAGGAGAAUUACCAAGUGGAAGUUUUGACUGGAAUACAAGGAUUGAUUACUGUUGCAGAAGUGACAGCCCCUUCUAUACAGGUAUACAACUUCCAACAUCGAAACCUUUUUAUCUGUUGAAACACAAAGACAGCCACUUCUGCCCAUCUGUCAUCGGAAUGUCUGUGAGAGAGGAAUACGUGUAUACAGAUGAUGAGAACGACGACAAUAUCAAUAGUGUACACGGAAGUCAUCCAUACGGACCGUUUAGCGGAGGAAGGAACCACAAGCUUUACUAUUGUUACUAUUGGUCACAUUAA